UUUUCCCGCAAUGGAGCAAGAAAAAAACUGCUUUUUUCGUCCUCAUCAGCAGAAGACUCGAGUCUUCUGAUUAUUAGUGACGGAGUAUGCCGAGCUCCCGGCGAACCCGAUCGAAGGCCCGCAAGCCCAAGUACGUCAGCCUCCGCCGCCAUCUCUCCUCUCCCCCUCCUCCGCGGCCUCCCCCUGAGACGGCGGAUCCCUCGGACAUGUCCUCCGCCGCCGCUCCCGACGAUUGCGUCUGCCGCCGACACCAGCUCGACCUCCCACCCCUCCACCCGGAGCACCUCGACCGCGAACCCAACGUGGCCUGCCUGCUCGAUGACCGCGGCGGCGGCGGAGAGCCGACGCUGGCCGCUCUCCUCGGCGUCGACGUCUCCUCGUCGUCCGGCUCGCCCUCACCGGCGUCCCUGGCGUCGCCAUCUGUCAACUGGGAGGAGGAUCAGGGCGGCGACGGGGACGGGCUAGCGAGGCGGGCGCUCCGGGGACGGGAACGCUGGGCGUACUGCCGCGCCUCCUCUGUCCCCGCCUCCUCGUCGGAGGAGGAGGUAGCGAGCUCCGCCAUCGGGGGCGACAGCGGCGUGGAUCUGUGGCGAUGCGCGACGCCGCAGGCGCUGGCGCUCAAGCUGGACUACGAGGAGAUCCUGGCGGCGUGGUCGGACCGAGGCCCUCUCUACAUGGACGGCGAGGGCCCCCAGGUCGUGCCGCAGCUCCACCACCACGCCGCCGACCCCUACGACGCCGGCGCCUUCCCGGUACUGGUGGAGGUGGGGUGUUGCAGUAGCAAUCCUAUGAAGGUGCCGGAGCAGCGAGCGUGCGAUGGAGAUCGGACGGCGGAGGGGAGCGGCUUGAGCAGGGAAGCGAGGGUGAUGAGGUACAAGGAGAAGAGAAGGAAUAGGCUGUUCGCCAAGAGGAUUCGGUACGAGGUGCGGAAGCUCAACGCUGAGAAACGGCCACGACUGAAGGGCCGGUUCGUGCGAAGGAAAGAUGAUGAUGAGGAGGAGGAGGAGGAUCAUUUAUAGAUUUACAUCAUUGAGGUCAAUUUUAGUCCAUCAUUGGUUGUAGAUCCCUGAUGUAAUACUCCAUCAGCGAAUAAGAACAGCUAAAACAGAGUGUUUUGUCAU